CCUGUCGAAUCGAUCAGAGGUGUUAGCCCAGAGUAACAUUCCGUACAUCACAGGAGAACAAGCCAAUCCACACUUUCCGGCGCUCCCAAUCCGCAACGCAACCUUUAGCCUCCUCACGGCCACAAAAGUGUCCCGGCGUAUUCGAGGAUUUGGUCCGUUUGUCACUGUUGUCGACUUGACUUUCUCAUUCUUUUGCCAAUCCUGGAUUUCUUCGGAAAAUGAUACUUCGCUACUCUCGUUCAGUAACAGCCCUGUCGACAACGUUUCCAUCGGUCCAUGUACUCGCUAGGCAGCGUUACCGUGCCCAACGAUUGGAUCCUUCAUUCAUCGGCUCUGCAGGUCGUCGCGGUAUCUUGACGAGAAUGCGCUCGACCGCGACCGUGAUCGGCCACUUCAACGCAAGAAGAAGCAGCUUUCUGCGACCUACCUUUGCUGUGAAUGAGUUUUCUCCCAUUUGUUGGUAUGCUUCAACUACUGUACCGCUACGGUCACUACCUUCGAUCCGCAUACUGUUCGCCUCGCAGGGGGGGACGGCUCAGUUAUUUGCCAAUAUGCUAUCGGACGCUCUCGACGAAAAGAAUGUGCCCAAUGUCACCGUUCAAUCGCUUGCGGACGAUACGCCCGAGAACUUGGUUACCUCCUCCUUGUCAUCCUCAUCCGAUUCGUACUAUCUUUUCCUGACCAGCACCAGUGGAGUCGGAGAACCGCCAUCCAACGGCAAAGUUUUCUACGACUGGCUCAUGUCUCAGUCCAACGAUUCUUUUCCCACUGACACCAAUAGCAAUAACCGCUACUACGCCUUGUUUGGACUGGGGAAUUCCAAAGCGCACCCCAGCCACUACAAUGUGACGAGCAAAGCCAUGGAUGCAAAAUUGAACGAACUCAAAGUCAUGACACCGCUGAUGCCUCUCGCCUUGGGUGACGACGGCGAUUGUUUGGAAGACGAUUUUGAUCAGUGGCAGGAAGCUAUUGUGGAGCAAAUUGUGUCACGCAGUACAUUGAACGGGGAAUCGUCCACCCUUCAAGACGACAACAGCGCCACAACAAAUACCGAGGAUGCUCCACACGCGGCCGAAGCUCCCACACCUGAGCCGACGGCGAAUUCCGACAUCACCGUACCGACGGAAUCCAUGCAAUGCCCUGGGGCAAAAUCGGGAUACCGGCGGGCGCCUAUCAAAUACCCACGAGUUUUAAUGGGGCCACCCGCAUCCUCGGGCUCCAAUGGACACGCGGUACGACGCGAUCUGUUAGACGUGGCACCCACGUUUUACCACGAACGGACCCGAGCCUUUCCUGUGGUGCACAACAUAGCGCUCAAUCCCGUGGCGUCGUCCAAUGGACUCCGAGAAUUGUGUGUAUCUUUGCCAGCGGGCGACGACGAAUCCGUCCAAUAUCAAGCCGGUGACCACUUUACCGUCUAUCCUCGCAACAAAGACUAUCUUGUUGAGUCCUAUUUGGAUUUUGUGUUGGACGACGUCGAUCCGCACGCUGCCAUUCUUGGGAAUGUUUCCUCCACCUCUACCAACAGCAAGCCCUAUCCCCACCCCAUCGAUAUUUCACUGUACGAAACGCUAAGUCACGCAGUAGAUUUGAACGCAACUCCUUCCCCCAGUUUUGCACGAUUUCUGCUCGACGGAGAGGAUGGUUCUAUGGAUUAUAAGGGCGAUAUUGUUCGCCACGGUCGGACUGUUCUGGAUCUGCUAUUGCAAAACAGUCGAGCUGGCCAGCCAAAGAAAAUUGCUUUGGAAGAUCUGCUGUACCAGCUACCACCCAUGAAGGCACGUUACUACUCUAUUGCCAGCUCGGAACACACACACAAUCGUCAAAUUUAUCUCACCUAUCGCCCGGUCCGGUACGUCACAAGCCGUGGGGCGCUGCGGGAGGGAGUCGCCACUUCGUACUUAUCGGGCUUGACAACGGGAAGUACGGUAAUUGCGGCCGUCCACGCCAAUCCUUCUUUCCGUCUACCGGUGGACCCCCAAGUAUCCGUGUGCAUGAUUGCUGGUGGUUGCGGAGUAGCCCCCAUUCGCGCGUUCUUGGAAGAGCGAAUCCAACGCGCACCCAACAGCAACUACGGACCGGGUUGGCUGUUUUUGGGCUUUCGUGAUCCCAACGACGCUGUUUACGGUGACAUGAUAGCUACUGCUUUGGAAUGUGGCGCCCUCACACACGCCCAGGUCAUGUACAACAAUCCACUGGGAGGCGACGGCACGGCGUCUAGUCUUACAGUUGAUCAGCAGGAAGCGUCGCGCGGCAAUGUUUCGGACGCCGUCCGACGGAACGGCGCAGCCAUACUGGCACACUUGCAAAAUGGCGGAUACACAUACUUGUGCGGAGGAGCCCGAACCUUUGGAGUGGCGAUUGAGAAUGAAGUGCACCAGAUUUUACAGACACACGGCAAGAUGAGUGAAGAGGAGGCCACAACGUACUUGCAAAGGCUUAUUCAUGAAGGACGAUUCCUGGAGGAUCUGUCCGAUUGAGAGUGCAAUACAGAACGAAUUGCGGAAAUCUAGAGGGCUGUUUCUUGUGCUGCAGUGAGGUAGGUGGCUAUAGACCUCGGCACAAUGAAAUAACUUUAAGAAACAGUUGACAGGUAGAUUUUCGCUGACACAGUCACAAGGAGGCAAAUGUGGAAAAACGCAUGUUAUAGUUUCCUGUUUCGCCCACAAUUUGGACUGUAUGGUAGGCAGCACACAACCGGCUGGCUCUUUCGCAUUGGAAAUUUUGUCCUCUACGACAAUUUAUAUAUGCAAUGGUAAAGAGGGAGAUCGUCAGAGAGCGAUUUCGAAGGGGGGAUGGGGAAGUCGCACGACUGAUCCAAGAUGCGCUGGAUCAAAUUCGUUGGAUCAGUUUUGUCGCCUGCUACUCCUUUUCCUGUUCUCAUCCAAGCAAAUCCUCGCAGUUGGGGUAAUUUUGGAAUCGACCAUCACAACACAACAAACAAGAACGGUAAGUCCUUCGCAGAGAGUGCGAAAGAAUAUUUGUAUGAGAAAAGGAUGAGUCUGUUGGGCUCGGAGGUCGAUAUCAGCGAUGGGUGCGACGAGGAGCUGAACAGUAUGGGGUAUUCUCCGGAAACACUUCAUCCACCGUUGAGUCCGUUGCGAAGUCUGGAGGAGGACUUGUACGAUGCUCAUCCUCCGGUGACUCCUCCACGGCCCGCCGAAGCAUUAUUUUUCAAUGACUUGCCCACACAGACAAUAUCCGCAGCCGCCUUGGCGCAACAGAUCCAUCAACGACAUCGACCUCUUUCCAUUGCCGGGACAUCGAUUGCGACUGAUGAUUUUGUGUCCGCGUCGGCUGAACAUCUCGAUACUCAAUCUGCCUUUUCUUUAGACUCUCCGUUUGGUAAAGACGCUCUCGCCUAUUCGCGAGAAACAAUUGCAGAAGAAGACACACUUUCUGUCGAAGAACGCUUUCAAGACAGCAACAUGAGUAGUACUAGUGAAGACAUGCAUGUCGAUGCCGCCGAUAAGGUGUAUCAGGGUGCCAAGGGCGUUUGGGCUUGGGGUAAAGGCAUUAUCGUUUUCAAACCUUUCCUGGGUAUUGCUGAGGGCGUUGCCGGAAAAGUAGUGGGCAUGGCCGGAUCGUCCAUGGAUGAAGUGGAUGGCUGCAUGACGCACAACUUGCACGGCUUGGACGAUAACGUUUUGAAUCCUGCCAUCAAGGCCGUGGUUCAGACCGUCAUGGGGGCGGUCGGUAAAACGGAAGAGAUUUUCAAACCGUUGUUUUUGACGGUCCUCAAGCCCUUGGGACUCGUCAAGGAAGACGGUGAGCCUGUGAGUGCUCCGACGCCCGCCCAGUCGACCAAGACUAUCGACGGAGCCAAUCCCGAAGUAACCUACGCCAAGGCUGCUGCCGUGUCUUAGAUUCUGGCAAGGUUCUUACGGUCAAUAGCAUUUUUUAACGUUAAGAAUACGUAAUGCGCCUUCUAGAUUUCAUGGU